CACGGAAGCAGCGCGCGCGGUGUGCUCGGCGCUGUGCACGCGCGCGAGGAGCGGAGAUAGGAAGAUGUCCCACAGCGCGGCGAAGAAGCGCCGACAAGAUAACAACAGCAGCGGCGGCGGGAGCGCGCAGGACAGCCUGUACUUCCAGAGCUACGCGGAUGUCAGCAUCCACGAGGAGAUGCUCGCGGACACGGUCCGCACGGACACGUACCGGCGCGCGAUCUUCCGCUGCGCCGCGGCGCUCGCGGGGAAGGCGGUGCUGGACGUGGGCGCGGGGACCGGCGUGCUCAGCGUAUUCUGCGCGCAGGCCGGCGCGCGCCGGGUGUACGCGGUGGAGGCUAGCUCUAUAGCCGAGCAGGCCGCGCGCAUCGUGCGUCAGAACCGCGUGGAGGACCGCGUGCAGGUGAUCCGCGGCACCGUGGAGAGCGUGGAGCUUCCGGAACGCGUGGACGUCAUCGUGAGUGAGUGGAUGGGAUACGCGCUGCUGCAUGAAUCAAUGCUGAACUCGGUAAUCACCGCGCGCGACCGCUGGCUGAAGCCUGGGGGGCUAAUUCUGCCUGAGAGGGCGGAGCUAUUUGUAGCGCCAAUCAGCGACCUGGUAGCAGAAGAGCGUUUGAACUUCUGGGACACGGUGAAGGGACAGUAUGGGGUGGACAUGUCCUGCAUGGCCGAAUUCGCCCGGUCCUGCGUCCUUAAUGGCGAAAUCGCAGUGCAUCCUGUGACGGUGGAGGACGUGCUGUCGCACCCGUGUCGCUUCGCCCAGCUGGACUUGCGUACGGUCACUCUGGAGGAACUGAAGAGAGUGAGCGGGUCUUUCUGUUGUCAGUGCUUCGGCUCGUCCAGCCUGAACGCCUUGUGCGUCUGGUUCACCGUCACGUUUCCCGCGGAGGACAUGCCGCCGCUGGUGUUGUCCACGUCGCCGUUCAAAGCGGAGACGCACUGGAAGCAGGCCGUGCUGUACCUGGAUGAACCGGUGGACGUGAGGCAGGACACGAAGGUGGAGGGGAACAUUAGCAUGUACCCUUCUGAGAAGAGUUCUAGAUAUGUGUGCAUCCAUGUGGACUACACUGUUGGGGAGCACAAGCUGAAGUCCAAGACUUUCUCCAUACCUGAUGGACAUUCUGAGGAUACCUGAUGGACAUUUGGAGGAUACCUGAUGGACACUCUGAGAAUCAACAGUAGUAGUAGUAGGAAAGUUUGUGGUGUUGCUCUUCAAGUUGGUUCUCAACCCUGGUUCUGGAGUAUACCUUGAUUAUACAUGAAAUAAACACAAUAAAAAGAGUAGGGGUGGUUAAUAUGGCACUAAAAUAAUAUCACAAAAUUUUAUGGUAUUUUCGCGAUAACGAUACUCUUGGCGAUGUGACUAUACACUAUAAUAAAAAAUCAAGUAUACACUACUGCAACAGAAUCAAAAAUAAAUGUUAUUAUUGCAUUUGAUAUGAUAUGGCACACUCCUAACUGAGAUAUUUAAAAAAAAAACUACAGUAUUUACAGUAACUGAAGUCAAUAAUUCAGAAUAUUACGAUACUACUGAUAACGCACUCCAUAUGCAAAUAUCUCCAUAUAUUCAGAAUUACAGUAAAAUUAAUGAUACUGAACAGAUAUAAUCUAAAGUCUCUAGUAGAUAUAUAAUAUAAUGGGAAAUGAGAACAGUGUGAUUUUUUUUCUUUUGAUAAAAACAGUAAAAAAAAAAAAAAAAAAAAGUAGUACCCUGAUCUGAUGAUAAUUAUAUAUAUUUAUAUAAUAUCGUUGGCGAUAUUAUUGCGUACGAUAUGGCACACUCCUAGCUAGAUAGAGAGUUAUAAUCCCUAUCUAGGCACUGGUAUACUCUAGGACCAUGGUUGAGAACCAAUGAUAUUGGAGAAUUAUGGGAGGGGGGAGGGGUUUGGGAAGUUCUUCUCUGGUCAAUGAAUGAAUGAAUGAAUGAAUGAAUGAAGUAUUAAACGAAAAGCUUGUUAACAAAAAAAAAACACAUUGCAGACUGUAAUAAAAUCCACCCAUGUCUUUAUACACA